UUCGCACGACAACGGAAGCACGUGUGACCGUGAAGCCCAUUCCUUUGACAACAGAAGCGUUAAUCACCGAAGCACCUGUCACCGUAAAACCUAUCGCUACGACUGCGUCAGUACCUAUCACUGUAGCGCCGAUUCUGACGACAACGGAAACACCUGUCACCGUGAGACCGAUUUCUACAACAACAGAACCCAUUGAACCGGUUCUUCCAAUCACUCCAGUAACUGACACACCUACUGCAACUACAACGGUUGCUAAUCACCCAGAAAAAUUGAAUACCACCCUUCCUUCAGUAAAAACGAAACGCAAAACAACUACUGAAGAUAUAAACAUCACAUCAACCCCUGUUCCCCUUGUGACGACUACAAAGAGUCCGAAACAUUCAAGUUCAAUUGAAAAGCCAGCCGAUUCAGGUCCAUCGAUAUUUGAUCAAGAAGACCUGGGCCCAACGAAAGCAACCGAUUUACGAAACGGCACGCUUGAAACGACUACAGAAGGAUUUAUAAUCCCUGAAGCUAAAGAAGGCGCCAACAUUUUCAUAUGUAAAAACAUUACCCAAACGAUAGACAUUGCAAUGCGAUGCGAUAGAAACGAUGACUGUGAAGACGGCACCGAUGAACAAAACUGUUCUUGUCGUGAUAUAUUGAAAAAUGAUUAUGCUCAUUUGAUUUGCAACCAGCAUGUCGAUUGUUUGGAUCUCUCCGACGAAAAAGGUUGUUCUUUGUGCAAGAAAGAUGAAUUCGAAUGUCGAAAAUCAAAACAGUGCAUUCCGAAAGAUCAGCAGUGUGACGGACACGAGGAUUGUAAAUUUGGCGAAGACGAGCAGGAAUGCAUUGCUUUGACCGAUGGUAAAGUGGUCUUAAUGGAUGCCGAAUUGAAACCAGCCUUAAGACAUGAGGGAGUUUUAUGUGAAAAUGCGAAUGGCAGAUGGUCGGUGCGAUGCGUCCGACGAAUGGAACCUCAGAAAAACUCUGAAUUGGCUGGCGAAACGUGUACACUUCUAGGUUUUAGCGGAUAUGUUUCGCACAAUGUCAUCAUGGUCAAUAAAGACGGUGACUUUAAACCAAAGCCGAGAGAUCACAAUCACCGAGUUAACUUUAUGCGGCAAACAGUUUUUGAUCGUCAUUCAAUGCCUCGAUUCAUGUUCAAAAGAAGCUUAGACAUCAAUAAAUUUUUGCAUGCGUCACAAGACGAUGAUGAUCUUAACAUGUCCGAUAUUAUUGUUGGGGCACCGCGUGAAUGCUUUGCGUUAUCGAUCCAAUGUGUUCCACAUAUGGUGAUGCCAAUUAUAAAUCCAACCCCAGGCGAGCUCUUACCAAGUGAUAACAAAACAUCACCACCAACAUCAACAAUUACACCUGUGACAACACCGAAACCAACGGAACCACAACAAUCGAAACCAAUUGAACCGGUCAUACAACCCGAAAAAGUGCCAAAUAUUAUUGUUCCGAUUCCGGCAAAUGAUACACAAGAGGACAUAAUCGUUGACAACUUCAGUGCACCAUGGAUUGCAAGUAUUUUCAUUGAUGGCGAUUUAUCAAGCAUUGGCGUUUUACUGGAUCGGUAUUGGGUGUUGAGCGAGAAAACAGUCAUCGAUUCGGUCAAUUUGGACCAACAUGUAAUCAAUGUUAUUUUAGGACAUUCGAAGAGUCCACCCAACGUUCUAACGCUAACCGAGCAGAUAAUUCGUGUCGAUUGUGUUCGCGCCUUGCACAAUUCUACUUCCGCAAUUUUAUUGCAUUUAGCCAAUUCACCGAAAUUUGAUCGAUACACGUUGCCAACGUUUUUAUCGCCACGCAUCGAUAAAAAUGAUGAGGAUUGUGCUGCCAUUACGCAUGGGCCGACUGGAGGUUUUGUCAGUAUUCCAAUCGUACGAAAUGAGACCGAUUGUCCAGAUGAACAAAGCAAUUGCUACCAAACCGAAGAACUGAUUGAAAAUAUAAAAUGCGAUGGAUUUGAUGCAUCCAAAUACGGAUUAGUUGUUUGUCGAUCAGAACAAAACAACACAUAUUAUCCGAUUUCAAUUUUCUCACACGAUGACGGCUUAUGCACCUUUAAUAAUUUGACACAAAUUCAGCCACUGGAAUAUAGUUACCGAAGCAUAGAAUCGAUUUUGAAUUGGCCAUUGUGUUCGUAUAAAAAAGAGAUGCCAGCCUGCUCAGGCCACCGUUGCCCAUUGGGCGAAUGCAUUAGCAAUGAAAGAGUUUGUGACAAAACGCCCGACUGCGUAGACGGCAGCGAUGAACACGAAGAAUUGUGCCGGAAAAAGAAGAAAUGUACACCACAAGAACUGCAAUGUGGCGACGGCACCUGCGUGUCCAAAACAAAGUUUUGCGAUCGAGUGGCAGACUGUAAAGAUCUUAGUGAUGAACCAAAGGGAUGCACUUGUUUCCAAUAUUUCGAAUUAACAGAUCCACGGAAAAUUUGUAAUGGAAUUCCCGACUGCCAUGAUAAGUCGGAUGAGAACCUGAAUUGCCCAUGUCGACGAGAGAGUUUCCGAUGCGGAGAUUCCGGCAUGUGUGUUCCGCCUCAGUUUGUCUGUGAUGGACAAUCCGACUGUCCCAGUGGCGAAGACGAGCAAUCUUGUCAUGGCGUUGAAGAAGGAUAUGAAAACAGCGGAUAUUACCGUGUUAUUGAACGAUCGGCUGGCGAAUGGCAGACAAAAUGCUUAUGGAAAGCGCAUCCAAAUCCUCCAUCAAAAGUGGAACUUAAACAUAUAUGCAAUGAAUUGGGUUUCGUAAACGCAACAAAUAUUCAGUAUCAUCUUUUGGACACUGCAAAAGAGGACACACCGAAAUAUCCACAGAAAUCCACCAAAGUUAUUUGGAAAAAUGUAUUUUCCGUUGUUCAGUUGAACGACAAAUUUCGUUUGACAAAAGUUAAUCACGGCCCAAAAACCAUUCAACACGUUCAUUGGGACGAUAACGACAAAUCGAAUUGUUAUCAGCUUGAAAUUAGCUGUGCUUAAGACAUCUGACUUUCUUUCUCUUUUAAAAUGAAUAAAUCUAUUGCUUUUUUACCUUUUUUCGUGCAUAAA